CUUUAUCCUGUCUCUGAAGUUUUUAUGCUGUAUCUCUUGCUAGCUAGUUCAUUCAUUGCAAGAAGCUUCGUUUUUCUCUUGUGAAAGUACAAUUUCUUGCUCUUGCUCGUGUGAGGAUCUUGGAGCACAUGCACAUGGCCUUGGUCAAGGCUUGCCUCUUGGUGCUGGCUUGUGCCAGUGCUGCAAUGGCUCAAGGCUACACUGGAGCACUGGACGACCUUUCGAUUACAUACACUUUGGAAGCCGAUAUUCAGAUAGACAAUGCUGCUGACCGACAAAUGAUUAAUGAAAAUAUUCGCUUCAACGAGUCCAUCUCUUCUCGUAUAUACUUUGAGUGGCAAGGCUAUGAUGGAUGGUUCAACAACCCUGCUCAUCCUGACUGGGGUGGUGCUGACAUGCCUAUGGAGAGGAAGACUCCCACUGCCUACCCCGAUGGCUCGUAUCGGAUUGUGGAAGAAAAUUCAAGAGGAAACGUCAUCCUAAUUUCUAACAUCACCCAGUAUGGCUUGACUGGACAAGGCUCUCAGAGAAGAACUGCUUUCUUUACUUUUUUUGGUCAACAAGUGGUGGAGGAAAUGCUUGAUGCCCAGAGGCCUGGCUGUAUUCCAGAGUACGAGGACAUGAGGAUCCCCAAGUGUCACCCACAAUUUGAUCCAGACUGCCGAACCGACCGCUACAUUCCUUUUCUCAGGAACCGCUACGAUUUCAGAACUGGCUACUCUCCCAACAAUCCACGACAGCAACUGAAUGAGAUCACCCCUUGGAUGGACGGAGGACUGGUAUACGGGCCCUUCAAGGCUUGGACUGAUGUCAUCAGGAGAUUCCAGGAUGGUGACCUGGCCUUCAUUGCAUUCCCUAAUAAUACGGGAGAGACAGAAAUUGCCAACCAAUUUCCCUCAAGAAACGAUGCUGGUCUCCCGCUGGCCAACCCUCCUCCCCCUGCUAACAACUCCCUCUUCCCCGUCAACAGAUUCUGGACCAUUGGUAAUCCUCGUGGAGAUGAGAACCCCUUCCUCCUCACUAUGGGCAUUUUGUGGUUUCGUGUCCACCAGUACUGGGCCCAACAACUGAGGACUGUCGGCUACAUGGCACAUCCCGAUGAGCCUGAGUUCGAAGAGGACGAGUGGCUCUUCAACAGAGCUCGUCAAUUCACGAUUGCCACCUACCAGCAUGUUGUGUUGCACAACUGGCUGCCUCUCUUCAUUCCAAGGAUGUUUACUAAUGGAACAAUUCCAGACUAUGAUAAAACUCCUGGCUACAGUGCCUACGGUGGCUACAACCCUGCUAUCAACCCUCAGAUUGCUCAUAUCUUCCAGGCUGCUGCCAUGAGGUGGGGCCACACCGUGGUGACCCCUGGAAUCUGGAGAAGAGCUCUUACGGAGGAUCCUACCGAAUGUCAAUUUGGUCCGACCGUUUCUGACUCGUACGGAUUUAGCAACUCUUUCUUGGCUCGCAUUAACCCAACUCGAGAAUGGAAUAGAUGGAGAGAUCUAACCGAGUUAGUUGAUGGUUUGCCUCCAACUGGUGCUACUGAUGAGCAAGAGACACUCCGUAAAUUCGUUGGUGAUUCAGCAGAGGAAAAUGCUACUUCAUAUACCGAUGGACCUCUAGAUCAUUUCGCAAUUCGUACAUGCAAUGGCUAUUGGAACCCUCAAGUGACAGUCUCCAAGACCAAUGUGGAUCCCUUCUAUCUUGGCAUGACCUCCCAGAGAACAGAGAGAGAGGACACCAUUAUCACUGCCGAUCUACGAGGAAAUGUCUUUGGACCACUCGACUUCACCAGACGAGAUUUAAUGGCUGUGAACCUGCAGAGAGCCAGAGAGGAGGGUCUACCAGACUUCAACCAGGCCAGAUUAGCAUACGGACUUCCAAGAAUCAACAGUUUCGAAGAACUCAAUCCUCUGUAUGGAGUUGAUGAUCUUGUUACCCGUGGAAUCGAGGAUCUUCGCGAUGUAUACAACAACGAUAUCGACAGGUGUGACAUUUGGGCUUGUGCUCUGGCUGAAACAAUUCCAUCUGAUUACGAUAAUGAUGAUUCUAUUUUGCGGAACAUGAGCGGCCCUGGAGAGCUGUUUUCCACUGUGCUGUUUGAUCAGUUCAUGAGAAUUCGUCACGCUGACCGUUUCUGGUACGAAAACUGGGAGAGCAAUGGAAUUUUUACCGAAGCGGAGUACAACUCUAUCAGACAGCUUGAUGUUAGACAACUGAUCAUUUUAACCACUCAUAUUCGUAAUGUUGAUCUUGGACCCAACCCCUUUGAGAUAACUAAUGCUGUGUGUCCUCAGCCAUUCCAGCUUAGCGAGCUCUACAUGGACGAUUGUACAAACCUUGAAAACUUCGAUUAUUACACUGGCUCUGACUAUGAACUGCCUAUUGUGUGGGCUUUUGUUUUCCUUGCUAUUGGAAUUAUCAUUCUGAUCAUGGUCUGUUUGGCUGCCUACAACCAGCACAGGAGGAACCAACUGUAUGCCUCUGGAAGGAGCCGUGGCCAAAAGAAAGUCGAAGGAGAUGAAGAUGUUGUAGGACCAGAUGGUGACAUUCUCGUUGCCUGGGAGCUCCGAGCUGGACUUAAGGAUGAAACACGACAAGUUAGCGUUAAAUUUGGCCCCGGAAAGCGAAUCAAGCUGUACAGUGAGGGUACUGUGUAUAGAGAGAUUGAUCUGCGUAACCAGACUGAGGUGACCAUCCAAAGACCAUUUGAUGACUACAUGCACUUUGUUAUCAAGAUUGCCCACGAGUAUGAUGUUGUUAUCCGUACCUUUUCUGCUCAAGAUCGCACCACUUUUAUUGACAAGAUUGAAACAAAACUAAACGAUUUUGGAAUUGGACACACAAUUGAAGAGCCCCAGAAGAAAAUUAUGCUUCAAAGUGUGUUUACCAAAAAGCAGAGGCAAGAUCUUCUCGAGAACUUUUUCAAAGCUGUAUUCCGUGAGGGUGGACAAACUUCUACUGUUGGAAUUUCCGAAAGUCGUAAUGAUAUCCUUGAAUGUGAACUUACACGCGCCGAAUUUGCUGAUGCCAUGUCUUUGAAAUCUGACUCUCUCUUUGUUGAGCAAAUGUUCCAACUGAUUGACCAAGAUGGCAAUGGAUUCGUCUCCUUCAGAGAAUUCCUCGAUAUGAUUGUGAUUUUUGCCAAGGGCUCUCCUGAAGACAAAAUCAAGCUCAUGUUUGACAUGUACGACAUUGACCGAAGAGGUAUUUUGGACAGAGCUAGUUUCAAGAAAAUGUUGAAGGCUAUGAUGGAGUUGGUCAACACACAAGUUUCUGGUGAACAAAUGGACACUCUAAUUGAAUCUAUGUUUACGUCUGCUGGGUUCCAAAACAAACAAGAACUCACUCUAGAAGACUUCAACGUUCUCCUCCGUGACCACAAGGAGCAGCUCAGCAGUGCCCACCUCAAUGUGUCUGGCUUUGACCUCCCUGAAGUGGAGAUACAAAAGAAGAAACCGGAGGAAGCUUCAGAGGCUGUCCCAUCCCGAUACAGAUCUCGUGAGAAUGCCACCGCUCGUGCUAGACGUACCAUCAUUAAGGCCUACGGUCGCACCACCAAGGGAGACCCACGUACCAAGGAGGCUGCUGCUACUGGGGAAGACACUGGAUCUGAACCUACUUUCGAUAUUCCUGUGCAGAAAAGAGCCAUGUCUCAAACCUGGUUGGGAAGACAACUUGCCAUUAUCAUUCGCUACAUCGAGAACUACAAGCUGCACAUCUUCUACCUGUCUGUGUACUUCUGGGUAGUCGUUAUGAUCUUUGUCGAGAGAGGCCACUAUUACGGUGUUGAGAGAGAGCACACUGGACUUAGGAGGAUCGCUGGUCACGGUGUCACCAUCACUCGAGGAGCUGCUUCAGGAAUGAUGUUCACCUACUCUAUCCUGCUGCUCACCAUGGCUCGUAACUUCAUCACCUACUUCCGUGAGACCGUUUUCAACUACUACAUUCCAUUCGAUUCUUACAUCACAUUCCACAAGAUUGUGGCCCUAACAGCUUUGUUUUUCACAUUCAUGCAUGCGAUUGGUCACGGCUUCAACUUCUACCACAUUACCACCCAAACUGCCAACGAUCUGACUUGCAUCUUUAGAGAGGUCUAUCAUCGCACCCACGUCCUGCCCAAGUUCUCCUACUGGGUGUUCCUUACUAUGACAGGAUUUGCUGGAUUCUUUGCCACUGUGUUCACAAUCAUCAUCUUUGUGUUUGCUACUCAGUACGCCAGACGCUACACCUUCCGUGCUUUUUGGAUCACCCAUCAUUGGUAUGUAAUGUUCUACAUCCUCACCUUCCUUCAUGGCUCUGGACGUCUCGUCCAAGACCCUCUCUUUGGAAACUUCUUCUUGGGCCCAGGAAUCAUCUAUGCCAUUGACCUGCUCAUCAGUGUUGGUCGCAGAAAGGCCGAGGUGGCUGUUGUUCGUGCUGAAAUCUUGCCCUCUUUAGUGGUGGGUGUGUACUUCAAGAGGCCUCUGACAUUCGACUACAAGGCUGGCCAGUGGCUGAAGGUUGCCAGUGCUGCAUUGAACCCCGGAGAGUUCCACUCGUUCACCAUCAGCUCCGCCCCUCAUGAGGAAUACCUCAGUCUCCACAUCCGUGCCGUUGGACCUUGGACCUACAACUUCAGGGACCACUACAACCCUGCCAACCUUCGUGGGCAGCCCUAUCCCAAGCUCUACCUCGAUGGACCAUUUGGAGAGGGUCACCAGGACUGGAACAGAUUCGAAGUUGCCGUUCUCGUGGGUGGAGGAAUUGGAGUGACACCUUUCGCCUCAAUCCUGAAGGAACUUGUGCACAGAUUCAACAUUGGAGCUCGCGUCGAGUGCAAGAAGGUAUUUUUCAUCUGGACAACUCGUACACAGAAGCAAUACGAAUGGUUUGCUGACAUCAUCCGUGAUGUUGAGGAAGCUGACACCAAAGGACUUGUGGAGAACCACAUCUUUGUCACCCAGUUCUUUGAUAAAUUUGACCUCCGUACCACUAUGUUGUACAUCUGUGAGCGUCACUUCCAGAAGCUGUCUGGCAAGAGUUUGUUCACUGGUCUGCGAGCCAUCACUCAUUUCGGGCGUCCUGACUUCAACCAGUUCUUUGACAACCUCCAGGAAGAGUACAUCCUCCUGCCCAGUAUUGGAGUUUUCUCCUGCGGCCCCCCAGGGAUGACCAACGGAGUGGACGCUGCCUGUGCUGCCACCAAUAGGUUUGAGGGACCUGCCUUCCAUCACCACUUUGAAAACUUCUAAGCUGAUUCAGCGGUGAAAGAAACUGAAAAUAACUUUUGAUUUAGAGUUAGUUGCUUGUUAAACAGUUAACUGAACGAAUUUUUAGGUUAGGCCCUUUUAUUAAUUAUACAACUAUUGUUUUUGGAAUAAAGUUUUUCAUUAUUGAA